UGCAGCAGCGUAUAUUGACGAUGUGGUUAUAUAUAGCUCCACCUGGAGAGAGCAUGUAAUUCGACUGGAAGCCGUCCUUCAGUCUCUAAGGGCUGCUGGGCUAACAGCUAACCUGAGGAAAUGUGCGUUUGCUAAAUUAGAAACACAGUAUUUAGGAUUUAUCAUGGGGAAUGGACGGGUGAAACCCGUAGCCACCAAAGUCCAGGCUUUGGUGGAUGCGGCUGUCCCCAAAACCAAAUCCCAGGUGAGGUCACUAUUGGGAUUGGCUGGUUAUUACCGCCGCUUUAUCCCCGAGUAUGCCACCGUGGUCAAUCCUUUGGUAGACCUCACUAAGAAAUGUGCACCAAAUUUAAUUAUUGUGGUCAGAAGAGUGUCAGGGGGCGUUUGAGACCAUUAAACAAAAACUGUGCCAGGCUCCUGCGCUAAUAGCACCAGACUUUAGCAAGAGAUUCCUCCUCCAUACUGACGCGUCAGAGGUCGGUUUGGGGGCGGUCUUGUCCCAGAGAGUUAACGGGGUGGAACACCCCAUUCUGUAUAUCAGCAAAAAAAUGCUUCCUCGGGAGCGCAACUAUUCCGUUGUGGAGAAGGAGUGUUUAGCCAUUAAAUGGGCAACUCACUCCCUUAGAUAUUACUUGCUGGGACAUUCAUUUGAUCUGGUCACGGACCACGCCCCACUCAGAUGGUUAAGCACUAUGAAGGAUAGCAAUGCUCGAAUAACUCGGUGGUAUUUGGCAUUGCAGCCUUAUAUGUAUCAUAUGGUGCAUCGUGCCGGGAAAGAUCACCAAAAUGCGGAUUAUUUUUCCCGGGAGGGGGGAGUAAUGGGAAUGGUAGGUUUGGCCGAGUGUUCCUUCGGCUCCACUCUGAGCGGUGGGAUAUGUGACAAAGAGAGAGUGAAUUCUAGUUUUAGAUCUCCCUUCCGACCGGUGACGGUGCUGGGGAGGAGGAGCAGACAUCCCCAGGAGAGGUGGAAGCCGGCCAUCUUGGAAGGGGGGCGGGUCCACGGUGCGCAACGUCACCAACCCAGACGGGGAGCGCUGUGGCAAUCGCGCAUUGGUCAACGGCGGUUGCCCGCGCUGCCCAAUGGGAGCGGGACGGAGCGUACAAAAGGGGGCGUGGCCCGGAGUUCUGUUCCUUCUGGCAAGAGCACUAACGGGACGCUCCGGAGCGAGACGGGAGGAGCGCAACACUGGUUCCGCCCUGUGUACCUGGGGGAAAGGAGGAAGGACGGACUAUCUAGUACGUGUAAAUACCAGUGCUAA